AUGUUGGCGGAGGAUGUGGAUACUCGGAGCCCUGAGCAGAUCGAGAAGAUUAAGGAGCUUUUGGAGCAUGUCCAGAGGCUGCAGGCCGCCAGGCCCGGCAGCCCGGAGUAUGUGGGCCACGACACCUGGAGCGACCGGGAGAGGCCCUGGCUGUCUCGGGACCUGGCGACCGGCUCGGUUACUCGGCCGAUGUCCGCCAAGAUCAUCCUGGACCCUUUGGUGAGGAGCGAGCUGCCAGAAAGCCAGGACCGGGGCUGGCAGUCGUUGUCAGAACGGACGAGACUGAGUCACUAG